AUGGCGCCUGGUAUACUAGCCCCUGAGCCGACCUUCACGGUCAAGGAGAUGGCGAAAAGUACCAAGGAGAAGCACAACUUUGGAGCAGUUAUUGACGAUCUCGACCUUGAUAACAUCAGUGACUCCGACGUGAAGGCACUAUCUGAUGCGAUCUGGACCCAUAAGCUGGUUGUUGUCAAGGGUCAGAAGGAUCUCGCACCCAUUAAGCAAUGGGAGCUUGUCACACGCUUCGAUCCUAAAGCACCUCACGUGCACUCUCACGGCGAUGUGAAGACCUUCCAUAAGCAGGGCGGCUUACUUUCGAAAGGACGUGAUGUUGUCGGUAUACCUGGUGCAGAAAACGUUCGUCUAAUCGGCAAAGGCUACCAGGGAGCAGACCAUUACGGUAUCAAAGACACGACGAUCAAGAAGGAAAUCGCACAUGCAUGGCAUGACAAACCGCUUUCAGCAGAAGAAUAUGCCCAAGGCCAUACACGCUUCCAGAGGUGGCAUAUCGAUGCACCACUAUACGCCCGCGAUCCAGCCUGGUUUACAACGCUCCGCUGCAUCAAGCGACCCAUGUUACAAGGUAACAAGGAGUUGCUUCCUUUUGUUAUGCAGGCCGCAGGAAGGAAGACCAUCGGGAUAGCCGCGAUGGAAGGUCGCUGA